CUUCAUUCAGCCACAAGAGUGUGCAUGUGAGAGGAUUGCAAAUCUCCUCCGCAAACCAGAAUUAGCCGGUAUCGCAGGAAUGAAAGCGCGUGGAGAUUUGAAAUUGCAGGGAAUGGAGACAAGGCGGUGCAGAAGCGGAGCUGCCUGGGGGGCGAGAAGGCCAAGGCCGCUGCCAGACUUCUGCAGAACAUAAGCCCCGGGGCUGCGAGCAAGGGGCGCGGCCGAGCGGAGCGGGGCGCAGGUGGACGCGGAGCCCGCGGCAGCUCUCGGGGAGCGGAGCGGCGCCGCGGCGUGGGCUCGCAGCGGGGGCUCGCCGCCGUGGCGGGCUGGGGCGGCGGGGCACGGCGCGUUUCUCUAGGAUUUCGCAAUUGCUAAGAGCCCCUUGGGCUUCUCUGCCUCCCGUGAUACUGAGCUCUUGGCAGUGCUGUGGUGUGGGAAGAAGGCUGAGGGCAGCUUUAUCAGCUUGAAUGCAAAGGCACAUAAUCUUACUGGGAAGGCAGAAGGUGAUACGGAGAAGGAAUAUAGAGAGAGCGACCACCCGUUUUUUGUGACCACAGUCAACCCAUGAAGAGUGAGUGUUCUCAGCCACCUACAAAAUACCGUGGAGAAAAUGUAUGCUAGUCGAGAGGAUAUUGGGUAUGAUUUUGGAGAUGACUCAAAAGUUGGAAGUAAGCCAAUUAAGCCUAAUCCAAACAUCGAUGGAGGAUGGGCUUGGAUGAUUGUACUUUCCUCUUUCCUUGUUCACAUACUUAUCAUGGGGUCCCAAAUGGCCCUUGGAAUACUCAACAUGGAAUGGCUUGAAGAGUUUAAUCAAAGUCGUGGCUUAACAGCGUGGGUUAGCUCCCUCAGCAUGGGCAUUACACUUAUUGUAGGUCCUUUCAUUGGUUUAUUCAUCAGCAUGUGUGGGUGCCGCAAGACAGCUAUAAUUGGAGGGAUAUUGAAUGCCCUAGGCUGGAUACUGAGUGCCUAUGCCUCAAAUGUGCACUACCUCUUUCUUACGUUUGGAGUGACAGCCGGCGUUGGAAGUGGCAUGGUUUAUCUGCCUGCAGUGGUCAUGGUGGGGCAGUAUUUUCAGAAGAGAAGAGCACUUGCACAAGGACUCAGUACCACAGGAACUGGGUUUGGUGCUUUCCUAAUGACUGCCUUACUGAAGUACCUCUGCACUGAAUUUGGGUGGAGGAACGCCAUGUUCAUCCAGGGUGCCAUCUCCCUGAACCUUUGUGUCUGUGGGGCGCUUAUGAGACCACUCUCUCCCAAAGAUGUUGUUAGUGAAAAAUAUGUUGUGAGAAGUAAUACUGAAGGUAAUCAGGCAAAAGCUCUGUCCCAUUCUGCAGAGACUAUAAAAUCUAAUGGAGUUCUCAGUGAAGAACCGGAAAAAAAAGAAGAGGCAACAAAUGAAGAAAUGCUUGACAGUGUUCCGCACGUAGAAAUUGGAGGUAAAUCUAGAAGCGGAAGGAAUAUGUAUGGACUGCGCAUUCUUAAGUCAGUGAGCCAGCUGACAGUUACCGUCAGGAAGGGCUUUGCAAUAUGGUACUCCAGCUACUUUGGAGCUGCAUCACUGUUUACCAAUAGAGUAUUUGUGGCCUUUAUAAUCUGGGCUUUGUUUGCCUAUAGCAGCUUUGUCAUUCCCUUUAUUCAUCUUCCAGAAAUAGUCAAGCAGUACAACUUGUCUAGUCAGAACAAUAUAUUCCCUUUGACAUCCAUUAUAGCCAUUGUUCAUAUUUUUGGUAAAGUGAUCCUUGGAAUCAUCUCUGAUCUCCCGUGCAUCAGCACGUGGAACGUCUUCCUCAUGGCUAACUUUACCCUGGUCACCUGCAUUCUUACUUUACCACUAAUGCAAACGUACAUUAGCCUGGCUGUGGUUUGUGCUCUAAUAGGAUUUUCUAGUGGCUAUUUUUCUCUAAUGCCUGUUGUGACUGAAGAUUUAGUUGGAACUAAACACCUUGCAAAUGCCUAUGGCAUCAUCAUUUGUGCCAACGGAAUAUCUGCAUUGCUUGGACCGCCCUUUGCAGGUUGGAUCUAUGACAUCACACAUAAAUAUGAUUUUUCUUUUUACAUAUCUGGCUUGCUAUACAUGGUGGGGAUAAUAUUUUUAUUUAUACAACCUUGUAUUCAAAAGAAACAACUAAGAGAAAAAUCUACAGAAGAGGCACAAGCAUAGAACAAAUUCCAGAAGUUUUUAUACAGAUUUUUUUUGUUUUCAUGUUUCUAUUGUAUGACAGUAUGAAGCUGUUUUUCUUAUGGAACCAACCACAUUAAGCUGUACUUAAGUGAAAAGCAAAUGUGCUCCAAAAUGCUAAUAAAUUAUUAGAAAUAUGCUUUUGAAAUGAGUUAAGAUAUUUUACUUUAGAGCUAACAAAUACAGCGAUUAAAAGCACCCUGCCAAGCUUUUAAAAUUGGAACAAUGCUGGUGCAUUUCCGCUUGCUUCUCUUUUACCUUUUCACCACUAACCACUGGUGAAACUCCACUGACUGCAGUGCAGUUACUCCUGAUUUACACUAGUCCUACAAGAGAAUUUGAUCAAGAUAUGAAUGAUUUAUAUAAGUCCUUCCUACUAUGUAUUCUGUCUGAUCAGUUAUCGAGUAUGAGAAAAUGAUUGUAUUUCUUACCUGGUGAGUCAGGUCCUGUUGAAAUGCUAGUACAAUAAUUCAAUUAAUUCAGUGUAUUAAAAUUACUAUUUCUGUGAUGCAAAACUGAAGAAAAGUUCUUAUAUUUUUCUGAAACUACUCACUACUUCAAGGAUUAUUUUUUUUUAUUAUUAUCAACUGCAUAA